AUGCCAGGAGGACGGCGCGGGCUCGUCGCGCCGCAGAACACCUUCCUGGAGAACAUCAUCCGGCGCUCCAGCUCGCAGCCGGACAGCAGCUUCCUGCUGGCCAACGCGCAGAUAGUGGACUUCCCCAUCGUCUACUGCAACGAGUCCUUCUGCAAGAUCUCGGGCUACAACCGCGCCGAGGUGAUGCAGAAGUCGUGCCGGUGCACCUUCAUGUACGGCGAGCUGACCGACAAGGAGACGAUCGCGCGGAUCGACGAGUGCCUCGAGAACCAGAUCCACGACCAGUUCGAGAUCCUGCUCUACAAGAAGAACAGUGAGUACCCCGCCCAACCUGACGUCACUCCAGUAAUCUGUUCCUCUGGUAGCUUCACCACACCUCUCUGUACUCUUGCACAAAGGUAA